CAAUGUCAUCACUCAUUUUUUUUCUGGUUUCGUCGUCCUCCUCUGACUCCCAGCAGUGUCUGCACUCACUUAGAGCAGAAGGAGCAAGAGAGAGAAAGUGAAAGCGAAGGAACAAAGUAGAAAAGAGCGAGCGUGUUGAGAGAAAAAACUGUAAGCAGAAACAACCCUAACGUUCUCAUGGAAAGCUUGGCGCAUUCUCGCCAACCAAACAAGUUUCCCAUCACAGUUUCCAAGAAAAUCACUGCGGCCUCAGGAGGCGCUGCUUUUCCGGUCGAAACUCUAUACGACCACGUAUACGGCGGCGCAACGAGGUUCGCCGGCGGCCACUCCCUCUCGCCACGCUUCGAGGACUACGGCGAGAUUUUCUCCAGCUUCCACGCGCCCCGCGCCUCUGCCAUUCCGGUGCUGGAUCUUCCGUCGCUCGACGACGGCGAGGUCUUCUUCGACUUCCGAAACGUCGCGUGCGACUACGCCGAAAUUUUCCGAGGCUUCGACGGCCUCGAUUUUUGGCUCUCGUACGAGGACUUGUUUCGCGACAGUGUCUCCGAAGAAGACGACGGUGAUGAUGCUCGAAAGGAAGAAGCCUGGACGCCGGUGGAAACUGAUUCAUUUUCCGGAGACUUGGACCAUUUUGGAUUUGAUGAAGGCAUGCCAAAUGAUGAUCAUUUCCGGUCUUGUGAUGGAAUUACAGAGUUCAACAUUUUGUAUCAUAAGGUAAAUGGUACAGGCAAUGAAGAUACGUCAAAGAGGAAAAGUACUGUAAGUCAAAUGCGUGCUGCUCCUGAAUUCACUCGAGUAUUUGAUGAAGCCACGCACUUCCAUAGGACAGAUCCUUCCUUGCAAGUUGUUGAUGAUGUUGACCUCGAUAUGGAAUUUAAUGCAAGCCAGGCAAGGAGAAACCAUAGAGAAAUGGUGUCACAUCCGGUUAAUUUUACAUCUGGUGAACAGGUUUUUGGUAGCGAUCUUGAUCUGCACAAUGGAUGCUGCAAGAACGGUUCUCAUUCCAGUGAAACAUUCAUAACUGUGUCUCACAUUAGCCUCAGAACUCUACCCUCUCAAGUGCCGCCCCCUUCUCGGCCACCACCUGUAUUGGAUGCAAAACAGGAGUACGCAGGUGGUUUUCAUUCAAACAAAGAGGGGUUUGACAUUGAAGAGACUCUUGAUGAUACUUCGCCACCUUUCCUUGAUGUGGAGGUUGAUACAAAUUCAUCCGCUGCUGCUAUCAAAGAAGUCAUGCAUAGACCUGAAGCAAAACUUAGGAGUAACAAGGAAUUGAAAGAGAGAAAGAAGAGGUUUUCCGAAAGCAACGCAUAUUCAAGUUAUGAUGUAAAGGUUAAUGAAGCAAAGACAAGUGUUAAUAUAAUUACAUUUGAUAGUUUGAAUGAUAAGGGUGUGCAGAGAAUUGGCAAAAAGAAAAUUUCUUUCACAGAUGAAAGGCAGAAAACUGGGAAGGCUGCCCCAGAAACUCUGGAAUUGUUAGAAGGGGAAAGACUUCUAAACAUGUUUGAUGAAACGCACAUCAAGGAGUCCAGAUCACCUCAAGAAUCAGAUAGAAGUACUGGAAUUGGGAUGUGGAAAGAAGCAACUGAAUUUUUUGAAUUGGUGGGAACAGAAGAGCCUGGGAAGGUAACUACGCCCACAAAACAUAGCCAUACUAAGAAACUGGAUCAAGAUACCAGAGCGCAUGAGUGUGGCAAGGAAGAAUGCGAAGCGUUUAAUAUUAAAGCAGAAUACAAAAAGGUUAGAGAAGUUGAAGGUCCUGAGCGAGAGGAAUGCAAGGAGAAAUACAAAGUAGGAAAUGGGGCUCAUGAACAGAGAAAAACCAUUAAAAAAUCUAAGUUAUCUGAUGAGGAGUUCAGGCAGAGAGAGCAUGUGAAGAACGAGGAAAUGGCCGGAAUAUUUGGGCUAGAAAAGACUGAGAAGGCAAGCAUUGUCAGUCCACAUGGAAAAACUGAUAAGAAAUUACCUAAAGCUGAUCAACCAGGAAGCUUAAAAGACAUGUUCGAGACUCAACGCAAGGAGCACAAACAAGUUGAGAUUGAGAAAUCAAAAGAGGUUGAUAGAGAAAUGCUCAGUGAAGUACAGUGGAAAAUGAAGCGUAUGGAAAGUGAGAAAAAACAAAAAGAGGAUGAACAGCUACAACUGAGUAUGAAAAGGCAUAAACAGUCUCAGAGAAUGAAAGAAAACGGAAAAAUUCAAAGAGAAGCUUCUGCUAUUGGAGGUGUAGAGAGUGACCAACGGGUGAAAGAUUCUGUGAAGCUAGAAAAGUUCGAAAGAUCAAAUGAAACCUGUAAUCUGGAUAGCCAUAAGGAAAAUAUGACUUGCAAAACAGAAGAUGAAAUUAUCCUUGAAGCUACACAGAUUCACAACAAGAAGCAAUUGAAGGAGACAUGUCAAAAUGAAGUUGGGAAAAGCCGCAAAGAUUCUUUUAAAAUGGAAGAAAAUGAUGAAUGCUUAAAGGAUGCCCUUGAGAAGGUAAAGAAUGAAAAGGGGCUUAAACAGGACUUUGAACUGGAAAUGAACGAGAAAAGAUCUGGAGUGAUUUUUGAGCUAGGGGAAAAUGAGCCUUGCCAAAGAGAUCAUGGUAAAGAGAAACUUAAUGAAAUUUGUGAUGGGUAUAGAAAAGGAAAUAGACUAAAAGAUGUAGAUGAUAGCAUAUGGCUUCAGAAAGUUCUGAAACAAGCUCCGGAGCUACAAAUGAAUAGUGGAAAUGAGACUCAGAGAAAGAAAGAAAUCAACUGCCCAUCAGACCUACCAUGUGAUAGCGAAGGAACUGUGGAUAAAUCACGUGAGGAUAGUCACUCCCAAAAGCAUGAGAGGAUGCUCAAAGAUGGUAAUAAAGAUGGAAAAGAUAAGGGAUUGGACAAAGCUUUGGAACAAACAGAAGGUAAUGGGAAAGGGAUUCACUUGAAUUUUGCAAAAGAAACCAAUGAGGAAUGGAAAACAGAGAGUGAUGACAAUCUUUUGGCAGCUCACUCAUUGUCCAUUCAUGAAGAAAAUAUUUGCAUACAGGAGCUAUGUCAAGACCCUAUAGCUGACCAAGAAAUUGGAAAGAGUGUCACUGCCUGCAAGGUUGGUGAAAAGAAAUUGGAAGAGGUAUGUUUGGAAAAUCUGAAGGAUACUGGUAAAAAAAGGACUUUUGAAAUGUCCCACGGAGAACUAGAGCAUUCAGGAAAGGGGACUUGCACUAGUACAAAUGUCAAUGUCAACGAGCAUAGUUUUGACAGUGAACAUGCAUGCACAAAGGAAACUAAGACGGCCUCUCAAAUGGAAUUUGAUGCACGGAAUGAAGAGAGGACAAUUGAUGGAUGGGGUGAGAGAGUAAAGACUAAACAACAUGUGAAUGUUUCACUAAACACUGAAGAGAGCCGGGACCGAAUGUCAUCAAGCCAUGCUAACGUGUGUAGUGAUUAUGGAAGGAACACAGUAGCUGAUGAGACUGCUAUGGUACAAGAAGCGGUAAAUAUCAAGAAGCCUUCUGAAAGAGCUCAUGUAUCAAAUUCCACCAAAAGCAAAGAUAAAAGUCUUGAUGAAACUUCUGCUUCAAUAGAGAAAUAUGCUGAUGAGAGGAUAAGAAGAGAAAGAGAGUUGGAAGAAGAUCGUUUGAGAAAGAUAGAAGAAGAGAUGGAGAGAGAAAGGGAAAGACAGAAAGACAGAAUGGCUGUUGACAGAGCAGUGCUGGAGGCUGAAAGGGAAAGGGAAAGAGGAAAGGAUCGGAUGGCAGUUGAUAAAGCAACUUUGGAGGCUCGUGAUAGAACAUAUGCUGAAGCUCGGGAGAGAGCAGAGAGGGCUGCCUUUGAGAGAGCAACUGCGGAAGCUCGACAGAGAGUACUGGCUGAAGCCAGAGAGAGACUUGAAAAGGCAUGCGCUGAGGCCAGGGACAAAACAUAUGCUGAUAAGGCUGCUGCAGAAGCCAGAUUGAAAGCACAGCGAACUGCGGUGGAAAGAGCAACCGUUGAGGCUCGAGAGCGUGCAAUGGAAAAAGUAAAGGUUGAGAGAGCGGCAUUUGAGUCCAGAGAACGAUUAGGGAGGUCUGUCUCUGACAAGUUUAGUGUUUCUUCCAGAAACAGCGGAAGACAGGGCUCUUCGUCCUCAGAUAUGCUGGAUCCAUUUUGUCAGAACUCUAGUUCCUCCACUCAUUCCAGAUAUCCGUACUCCUCGGUUUAUGGUGCUUCCUCUUUUACUGAAAGAUCAGAACGAGAAGGUGAAUCAGCUCAGAGGUGUAGGGCUAGACUGGAGAGAUAUCGCCGAACAGCUGAACGUGCAGCAAAAGCUUUGGAAGAAAAGAACAUGCGCGAUCUUGUAGCUCAGAAGGAGCAAGCUGAGAGAAAUAGAUUGGCAGAAACCCUGGAUAUUGAAGUCAGGAGGUGGUCAAGUGGAAAAGAAGGAAAUUUGCGUGCAUUGCUUUCAACCUUGCAAUAUAUUCUUGGGCCUGAUAGUGGGUGGCAACCAAUCCCACUGACGGACGUUAUAACUUCUGCUGCUGUCAAGAAAGCUUACAGGAAGGCCACCCUUUGUGUCCAUCCCGACAAAUUACAGCAGCGUGGAGCAAGUAUUCAACACAAAUACAUAUGUGAAAAAGUCUUCGAUCUCCUAAAGGAAGCUUGGAACAAAUUCAACUCAGAAGAGCGAUAGCACAGCACACCUUAUGUUUUUUAACAUGUGCCUUUACAAGAGAGCAGUUCCCUUCACAAGUCAUGUGGGCUACUGGGGACGAAUACCACGUUCUUUUAUCAUUUUCAACGUUUAUUUAUCAUUCCCUAAAUAUUUAUAUGUAAGAAAUACUCAUCCUACCAAGGCAAAAGUUAAAGGGUAAAUACAUACAAAAAAACAUAUAGAGGCUUGUAUUUAUACCAUCAGACAAACUUUGGAAUCCCAGUUCUAAAUCUUGAAUUUAUUUCAAGGAUAUAAAAUAUCAUGAAUCUGCACGAAAUAGAUCGAGUGAUUCU